AUGCAGUCCAUUGUGGCUUCCCUCGUGGCCGUUGCCUCUUUGAUCUCGGUGGUGAAGGGAGAUACUUGUUCCGAGCUUCGAGCAAACACCAACAUCGAAGUCUCGGCACCCAUCUCGCCGACAUAUAUUGCCGAGCAAACCGAGUACUGGUCCGCAUCCUGCAGCGCCCUCAAGCCGUCCUGCAUCAUCUUCCCCAAGUCUGCAGCCGAAGUAUCCACCAUCAUCUCGGUUCUCAACACCAACGACGAGCACUUUGCCGUGAAAUCCGGUGGCCACUCCCCAAACAACUACUACGCUUCUGUUGACGGCGGUCCCUUGAUCUCGACCCAGAACCUCGACCAUGCCAACCUAGAUCCUGCAACCGGCAUCCUCGACUUUGGUCCCGGCAACCGUCUCGACGGCCUGGCCCAGAAGCUCCAAGGCACUGGCUGGACCUUUGUAGGCGGCCGCAUCGGCAACACGGGCACAGGCGGUCUCAUGCUCGGCGGAGGUCUUUCAUACAUGUCCGCCCAACACGGCUGGUCUGCUUCCUCCGUCCUCGAAUACGAACUCGUCCUCCCCAACGGCACCAUCACCUACCCCUCUGCAACCAACCACCCCUCCCUAUUCAAAGCCCUCAAAGGCGGCGGCAACAACUUCGGCAUCGUCACCAACUACAAAACCCAAGCCUACCCACAAGGCAACGUCUGGGGCGGUAACCUCCUCUUCCUCCGCACCCCAGCCACAGACAAGAAGAUCCUCCAAGCCGUCCGCGACUUCACCGAAUACAACACCGACGACCGCGCCGCCGUCAUCGUCACGGCCGAGCGCGCACAAGUCAAUCUCGUCGACUCCUGGAUCCUCUUCCUCUUCUACGACGGCCCUACCCCACCCGCAGGAACCUUCACCAACUUCACCUCCAUCGGCCCCAUAGCCAACACCGCCCGAACCCGCACCUACGCCGACCUAAUGACCUUCUCCAACUGGGUCGUGCUGAAAGGAUUCCAAGUCCAAAUCGGGACAGAAACAAUCCCCUUGCCGUCCACGACUCACUCUGUCGAAGUGUUGGAGGGAAUCCACGCCCACUGGAGAAACAUCUCCCUCACCACGCUCGCCGUUCCCGGGAUUGUGGCUAGCAUAGCCUACCAACCGUUCCCUAAACGCAUUGCUGCCGCAGCGAGGGAAAAGUCCCCUGAUUUGAUCGAUGCUGAUCCUGAUGCGGAUAAGCUGAUUAUUGAGAUGAAUUAUGCUUUUCUCAACCCGUUGGAUUACCCCCUUAUGGAUGGCAAAAUGCAGGAGACAUAUACCGGGAUCCGGGAAAGGGUCUUGAGCUGGCAGGCGGAGGGGAAAUUACCUGACAAUGUUGACUUGCCGGUGUUUAUGAACUAUGGGUUCUACAGACAGGAUUAUUUCGGGAGGUUGAAGCCGGAGAAUAGGGCGUUGGCGAGGGAGGUGGCGGAGGAGGUUGAUCCGGAGGGGUUGUUUAGGAAUCGGACUGGGGGGUGGAAGCCAUAA